AUGACGCAAAAGAAUACACCUAAUCCCAAGACUCUGGGGCGGUCCGCAGGGUCUAUCAAUGCGCCAAUCGCAGCGUUUACAAUGGCCGUCGUUCUCUGCACUUACUGUUUCAGCUCUAUCCGCACGGCAAGGCGCGAGGCGCAGGACAAGUCGCCCACAGAGCCCAUUUCACAGCGAUUGUCACGACAAGAGAGGAAGGAUUCGUCACCUGCAUGGAUUCAACAGGCUAUUGAGGAGAGUCAGGCCGAUGCGGGUAAACGGGGAACGUCAGGUUGA